AUGCUCAGGCUCCGCGCGCUCCGCCCUGUAGAGCGGGUAAAGCGCGAGUGGCCGUUUCCGGUCAUCAACGAUGUUUAUCCCGGGUGCUGCCUGCAGGCUCUGCCCAUCAACUACCCAUUCGAGGAUAUGCGACGUUCAAGGGCCAAUCAUCCGGCAGAGUUCUUUCAACCUGUUUCGUACCGCAUCCGGGCUCCAAAUCAGGCGGAAGGCCGUUUCUACGACCAUAUGCCAGCGAAUGGGAGCGUUGAAGAUUUCAUUGAUGUGGAGUCUACAAGUGCCGAAGAUUUGUCCGGAUCAGCAUCCGCAGAAGUUCAGGAGGGCCGAUACGAGGAAAUUUCUGUUUUGGGCGUUCCUUGGGGACAACGCGUACUGAUGAGGCCAGUCUACGAGAAACGUCCGCGUGGGCGGCCAAAGAACGUGAAAAUUUCCCUGAAUCGUCCAAUUCGCGUCGGAAGUCCGUACUAUUUGGAUGACAAGCCACGCUUACCGAUUCAGCUAAAAACGGACGAUUCUAUCAAGAGCUACUCAUUUGUCGAGAAUGCUGGAGAAUUCCGUCCAAGCCUUCCGGCACGUGUUCAUUACUCCUCUGGACCAUCUUAUAGUCAAAUCGUCUCCGGUGGCUACGAAUCACCGCAUCUUGAAUAUGAUGAGGCUCAGCUUGAAUCAGAUAUGCAAUACCACGUGCAUGACAACCAGGAAAUUGACAUCUAUGGAGCGCCGAUGGAUGAUUACGGACAAGAUUUGGCCACGCAUUCCGGCGUGGAUUAUGGUACCGAAUACAUCACUGGGGAUGCUGUUAACCAUCUGCCCGUUGUGGAAGAUGUCGAGGUGAAGACGCUGCCCUUCGAGCCAACAAAGCCGCAACCGAUCGGAAAGCCGCGUGUGAGAGUCGUCAAAAUGGCCGGAUACACCAAGUCAACGUUGCAAUCGGUGAAGGAUGGCGAUGUCAGAGAACUCUACUACGUCAAUGGUUCCGGCAAGACGACGUUUGUUCGCGUUGGGGCCCCUCCUAAGCCAAACCCAAUGACUCAACAUGCCGAGGAGCUGCCGGUAGAGCAGCCGACAAAGGCGGGAUAUGCGGGGCCACCUCGUCGAACGAUCCGGAUUCUGAAAAGGCUGCCGAACGCACGUCCGUUACCGUAU